AUGGCUACAAUUAUACCAAGUCAAGUCGAUAUUUCAAAUGAAGAAUCACUUAGAUUGGUGUUAAAUUUUUUGAAAGCACAUCUUCCGGAAUCACUUCAACUAUGGCAAUUGCUCGAUUAUGUACAACGAGGUUUCAUUACUAAGGAACAUAUAUGGCCACAUAAAUUAUUUGUUGAUAAUCAAGAUCAAAUUCAAUGUGUAGUACUAGUGUAUUCUGUAAUCGGUUUUACAAGUGAUCAUCGUCUAUUAGAUGAGAACAAAGAAACAAGUAAAAAAUAUGUCUUAUUCUAUUCUCAUCUUGAUAAUGAUCAUCUACUUAUGACUCUACUUGAACAAUGUGUUCCAUGGAAUCAAGUAGAUAUAAUUAUGUAUUCAGACAAUGAUUAUCGAUUUUCAACUAUGAUCAAGAAUCUUGUUCGAGAGAAAAAAUUGGGUGAUUUGAAUGUGUAUUCUGCCUCUCAAAUGGAAAUUAAUCGAGAAACGUUGGAAAUGACGGAAGCGAAGAUUAUACAACACAUUCCACCAGACAUCACUAUUCGACGUUUAUCAGUAGCCGAUGCAUCAUUUGUCAACGAUCAUUGGGAAUAUAAGUCGAUGUUUUCGCUCGAUCUAAUUCAAUACGAAAUCGAACAUUUACCAGCGUUUGGUGCAUAUCAUAAUGAACAGUUAGUGAGUUGGUGUUUGACAAAGUUCGAUGGUUCUUUUGGAAUCAUGUUUACACUACCUGAAUUUCGUCGACUUGUUGAUGUUGGUCUUUUACAGAUUCAUAAAGCUUUAGAUUAUAUUGGUUCAUUGGCUAAACCAUUGAUAAUAUCAAAAAUCCGAUUAGAUAUAAUAAGUGGACAAGGAACAAGAACUUAUUUUAAAGAAUUUAAUCAAGUUCAAACUAGCUCUGAGGAUGUGGAUCCAUUAUUUGGUGCUGUUUACUCGGAAGAGGUCGAUCAAGCCUCAAAUAUGCUCUAG